AUGCGUUUUGGUCAUGACGCCGAAGAUGCUGUCGAUAUAUCUGCCAUAAAAGGCAUUCGGAUCGAGGAUAGUAGAUGUAUUGGGCCAUUUACAUUAGUAACACCAUUAUCUAUUAGAAAAGGAGAAAAACAAUUGUCAUAUUCGUCCGCAAACCAAACACGUUGCAUAACAAUUGUUAGCAAUGCUAUUGAACGUGGUUUUGCCCGAAUAACAAAUUUUAAAUUAUUAGCUAACACUAUUGUCACAAACUAUCUUCCUGUUCUACAUAAUAUAUUUCAAAUAAUAUUAGCAACAGACAAUUGUUUUUAUCCACCAUUAAUUAACAAUAUCGAAAGGAUAAACAAAGAUAUUGAACGGAUCAUUCAAAGAUUAGAUUUAGAAAAUGACAUAGACGAUGAGGAAGCCGAUACAUCCGGAGGUUGGACACAAUUUAGUAUCAAUCACUUAAUAGAUGAAUGGUUUUUUCCACCAUUAUCAGAACCAAUUAUUAGAAAUUGGUGCGCAUUAGUGUAUGCUUUUGAAUUAUCAGAACAAUAUCUACAACAGAUGAUAACCGACAUGAAAAUAAUGAAACAUAUUAAAUAUCCAAACACCAUCAGGUGUCAUAAUAUUAUUAGUAGAUUUGCAUCUGUUGAUUCUAUAAAUCCAAGAAAACAUAUCGUGUACAUUCAGCCUUUGCACAUGCUUGACAAACUUGCGACAGCUGCUUCGGUUCUAAUGGCUGACAGUGGCAUAGCAAUCGGUAUUGAUUUGGGCACGACAUACUCAAAUCCGAACAACACCGUCUUCAAUGUCAAACGUCUCAUUGGUCUCAAGUUUGACGAUGCGACGGUCCAAAGCGAUAUGAAACAUUGGCCGUUCAAAGUCAUCAACGAGGGAUCGAAGCCUAAGGAAGCUUAUCUUGGCAAGAAAGUUACCAACGCCGUAAUCAGUGUGCCGGCCCACUUCAAUACCUCUCAACGACAGGCAACAAAAGACGCUGGAGUACUCGCUGGUCUCAAUGUUCUUCGCCUCAUCAGUGAACCAACAGCUGCCGCCCUUACAUACGGUCUUGAGAACAAGGUAACGGUCGAACGAAACGUUCUCAUCUUCAAGUUGGGCGGUGGCACAUUAGGUGUUUCUAUUCUCACAAUUGAAGAAGGCAUCUUCCAAGUCAAAUCUACAGCUGGUGAUGCUCGCUUGGGUGGCGAAGAUUUUGACAAUCGAAUGGUAUCACACUUUGUGCAAGAGUUCAAACGAAAGAAUCACAAAUAUAUUGGCGAUAACAAACGUGGCCUUUGUCGUCUGCGCAAAGCAUGCGAGCAAACUAAACGAACUCUGUCCUCAUCUUCGGAAGCCUCGAUCGAAAUUGACUCUUUACACGACGGCAUCGACUUCUAUUCGACGAUUACGCGUGCUCGCUUUCAAGAGCUCAAUGCUGAUCUGUUCCGUGCAACGCUAGAACCAGUCGGACAGGUAUUGCGCGAUGCCAGAAUGGACAAAUCACAAAUUCACGAAAUUGUACUUGUUGGCGGUUCGACCCGAAUCCCGAAAGUACAGCAACUCUUGAAAGAUUUUUUUAACGGCAAAGAGCUCAACAAAUCGCUCGACCCGGACGAGGCUGUCGCCUAUGGGGCCGCCGUUCAUGCUGCCAUUCUUACAGGUGACACGUCGAAAGAGUUGAAAGAUGUGUUCUUAUUCAAUGUUGCACCGCUCUCGUUGGUAAGUCGGUCUUUUGUUAGUUUCGUUUUUAAUGGAUGACAAUGGUUCCGUUCCGCAUAAGGUAUCGAAACGGCUGAAGGCGUAAUGACCGUUUUGAUCAGACGCAAUACCACCAUUCCUGCAAAGCAAACACGAACAUUUACGACCUAUUCGGACAAUCAAACUAGUGUGCUCGUUCAAAUCUACGAAGGCGAGCGAACAAUGACCAAGGACAACCAUUUACUCGGCAGAGUCGAAUUAUCCGGUAUUCCUCCUGCUUCUCGUGGGUAAGUCGCUCAGAAUGGAAUGUUUUUUCUUUAGCUUCAAUCCAUCCUUAAAACUUUUCCUUCUAGUGUUCCACAAAUUGAAGUGACAUUUAAUAUUGAUGGUAACAGUAUUCUGACUGUCUCGGUAAUGGACAGAAGUUCGGGCAAAGAAAAUAAGGUCACUAUUACCAACGGCAAUUGUCGUUUGUCGAAAGAUGAGAUCGAACGAAUGGGGCACUUCCAACUAGUUAUAUCCGAUAACACCAGUUAUUUAUCCAAACAAAUGAAUAAAUACCCAGACCGUUCAAAACGGCCAAGUUAACGGCGUGUUAACGUCCCAUUAAGUCUACGUUAACGGGCCGUAAACGUACCGUUUUUACACCGUUAUGCACCGUUUUUACGCCGUUUUUUCACCGUUAACUGGGACCGUAUUACGGCCCAUUUUUACACCGUUUUUUGGCCGUUUUUACGCCGUUUACAGACCGUUAACGUGCCGUUUGUGCGCCGUUUUUAUAGGGUAAACGUAUCGUUUUUAAGCCGUUACUUAUGCAUUUUCAGCUUAUUACUUUAAGCCGGUUUUGUUUACUGAGACCGGUUGGUAUUCUAUAGAAGAUUUUUAGGUCAGAUGACUUGCACUAACUUUAUUCAAUCAGAAAAAAGUUAUUGAGAA